AUGAAUUCUAUGGUCUAUGUUUGUCCAAGCGCCUAUCUAGCCUCUCAAGAUGCUAAACUAUGGCAUAGCGAGACAUUCAAGCCAGGCUUCGUGCCAAUUUUAAGAACAGAUCUACUUAGAGUCAGAGACACGCUGGAUAAGGUAGUAUCUAGCGUCAACGAACGGAAAGCCGUCCACAUUUACCAGAAUGAUCAAGGAGAAAUGCCAAAUCUCGGGAACCCAGCGACGGCAGACAGCAAGGAAGAUGAUGGAAAUGCAACGGAACAGGAAUACCAGGAUGUAAAGCAGUUCCUUCCGAUCUCCUUAGAACAACAGCUUUGCACCAUCUCCCUUGUCCUCUCACAUACAAAUAUUACACACAGCAAGCUGGCCCCAUUCGUUGCCGACCUCGAAGCACUUUCGGCCAAACUACUGGGGGUGUCGAAAGUGCUACAGUGCUGGAGUUUCUUGAAAGGAUUGGAGACCACCACGGUGUUUUUCAGAAGCGCAGAACCUAGCUAUUUGGCGUCUUUGGUACAUUGCUUGAAUGCUGCUUGUGCAGUCUGGUCCAAGGACGAAGGAUCUGAGGGCACUCGAGUGCAUUUUGACGAGAAUACAGCAAGAUAUCUGGAGGAGCAUGGGCUAGGCGCGACGAAACUUGACAAUUCUGCCUUUGAGGAGAGCGUCGCCCUUCUAGCGCGGACAUUAGAUCAGUCUCAGAUCGAACAGGUGUCGGAAAAAGAUGAAAACCGAUCGGUGGAUUAUGAAGUGGACGUCUCAACUCUUAGUGAUCUGCCGCAUAGCUCUCUAGACCAAUUGUGCAAAGAUAUUGUUCGCUUUCGUACCCGCGUCGUUACCAUCGAAAAAGAGAAGCGUGCCAAGGCGGAGUACGAGGAGAAUAGACGCAUGGGUCAGCAUAUGAUGAAGGUUUUCGAUCAAAUCCGUAAGAGUAAAGGCGGCAAGGCAGCAGUUGAGGACGGAGAAAAUGAGGACGGAGCUUCUGAUCAAGAAGACGAAGAGGAUAAUGAGGACGAUUUGGCAGUGGAGAAACGCCAAGAAGAAAAGCGGGAGAAGGAAGCAGAGCACUCAUUCAAAGAACUGCUCGAGCGUUACACGGCGAACGUUGAGCCGCGGCUUCGCUCCUUGCAACAACAACUCGCGCACGAAAAAGCAUAUGAGAGUAAGUUACAGCAGGAGCGUCCAUUGCAUCUAAAAGAGCUACUGCAUCUGGCAUACAGUCCUUACUACGACCAUCACCGGUCUUACAAAGACGAAGAGACCCGCCGUGACGAGGAGGAUCGAGAACACCAUGGAAUCGCAGAGGCACUACGGGAACGUCAACAAAGCGACCAGGAAGAAACCGGGGAAGGGCCCGUGGCGCCAACUGGGGAGCCCAACAAGUUCAAGAUACAGAUCGGGAAGGCACAAGCGGAGGGAAAAAGCUUGCUUCCCGAGGACGGAGAAGCACUUGUUGCUGUGCUUGGCUCGCUGCGCGAUUCGAAUGUAAUUCAAGAACUCGUGGUGGAGUUUUUGGGUGAACCCGACCAGGACCUGGCCGACUACAUCCUAGAGCACCUCAGAAACCAUCGCGACAGACAAGCAUUACUGGACGAACUACGGGAAACCUUUGAUGAGGACGCGGAUACCAUUGUGCAGCGGAUAUGGGAGAAACUAAACUCCUUAGUGAACGGAUAG